AUCCUCACAUGUUCACACAUACAACCCUUUCCGUGGGGCAAUGAAACACUUUACUGAAAUGUGCAAAGUUUCUUUUCUGGACAACACGUGCCAACAGAAUGCGGACCAGUACAUAUCGCAAUCACUGAUCAUCUACGCGUACCCUCCCGCAAUUUAAACCGAAUCUUUUAUCACAUCAUCAUCCUGUCCCCUGAUGGUAUCAUCAGAUCCGUUACCUGCUUUACGGGGCUGGCAUCCAGGAGAACAAGCCGUUCAGGCAGUCAUUCACCUCCCUGACCGCGUUGCGAUCACAGCGAUCGUGGAUAGGUUGCCCGAGCAGCAUCGCAUUUUCCACACAAGUCGACUACAUUUCUUGCCAGUCACUACUCUGGACCAGCAAGGGAGGCCGUGGGCAUCUAUUCUUUGUUCAAAUGAUGGGAUGCCGGGCUUCAUUGCAUCUCCUACUAAUACUUCGCUGACGGUCAAAGCGCGUCUAUGGCCUGGAGAUCCAAUUAUUCGGAACUUAUCCCAGUUUAAUGAUGGAAAACUUCUUUUUUCCGGAAUUGGGCUUGAGGUUUCGACUAGGAGGAGGAACAAAUUCGCUGGCUAUGUAUCCAAUGUUUCAUCAAGAGAUCUGGAUGUCGAUAUUACUCUCGUAGUUACUCAAGCCCUGGGAUUGUGUCCGAAAUACAUCAAUAUCAGGUCGAUUAUGCCGUUUCACAGUCCAUCGCCCCGGGUCAUCUAUGAGCAGUUUAACCUAGGGGAUGGGGAUCGCCUGCCCGAUGAUGUAAUUGCAUUCAUCCAUGCAGCUGAUACAGCUUUCUUGUCCACGUCCUACGUAGCCGCCAAGGAGGAUGAAAACACUUAUCCUUCUCAAGUUGGCACCAAUCAUAGAGGGGGUCGCCCCGGAUUUGUUCGAGUUAGACCUUCCGAUGGGAAGACUGUUGUGCUUCCGAAUUAUGCCGGAAAUCGCAUGAUGAACUCACUUGGGAAUGUACACAUCACGCCAGUUGCUGGAAUUGUUUUCCCCUCGCUUUCCACUGGAUCAAUCCUGUAUCUUACCGGGAAAGCUGAAAACCUGUAUGGCGCAUCUGCGCGAGCAAUAAUGCCAAAUAUGAAUAUCAUCACCACCAUCUGCGUCACUGGAUUCUCCUUCGUCGAAAACGCCAUUCCGUUGAGGGAGACAGGAUCAUCGGAACGUAGCCCUUACAGCCCACCUGUCUGCUACUUAGCGGAAGAAAAGCCGCCAUCUGUAUCACUCGCGGAUAUCACACUUAGCCUGAUAAAGACGCGAGUGCUGGAUGAUACUCUCAUGACCCUCACUUUUAAGUCAUCGCGACCUGUGGAGAUCAAUCCAAGCCAAAACUGCGUGCUGGAAUUGUCAGAGUUCCUGCGUGAACGAUCACACGCCCUUUUAGACUGGGAGGAAGAUGAGAGCACAGUUAACGAUGACUGUGUCCGUACUUGGACGGUCUCCACGCUUCCAACCCCAGAUGCACCCUGCAUUCUCUCCAUCACGAUGAGAGCGAUCAAAGGCGGUCUUAUCACUCCAAUUUUAUAUCAGUUCGCUAGGAGUGUGGAUCCGCAGCUGACUGGAGAACACAUUGACGUCGCAGACUUGAAAGUCUGCGCUCGACUACGAGGUGUCGGAGGCAAUCUUCCUGUGCCAGAGCCUCUAGCAGCAUGCGAUGGUGGGCGACGGCUGCUGUGGAUUGCUGGUGGAAUUGGCAUCACGCCUUUCCUGAGCUUGGCUCGCCAUGUUGCAAACCUCGCUGCCCGAGGAUUCGGCGUCUGGGAUGUGACACUCGUCCUUGCAACGCGGGAGCCAGAAGUUAUGCUCGGCUUAAUUCAGGAAGCGUUUGUGAGCACGUCAUCCAGCAAAAUAGAUGGACACCAGUCUCCCCCCAACCUUACAUUCUCCAUUCAUGUCUACUCCCCAAGGCAAUUCCAGUUGUCUGAGUCUUUUCCGCCGUUCGUUUCCUUGAUCCCGCACGAAGGACGCCUUGACGACAGUGGAACUCUUUUUGGCAGUGUAGACGCCAAGUGUCGGGAGUCGCAUAUAUGCGGCCCACUGCCUUUCGUUAUGAAUGCUAUGAAGUCGCUCCAAGCUGCUGGAGUGGAUCCGGAGCGGGUGAAGCGAGAGAGAUUUACGUAUUGAGAAAGAGAGCUUGUAAACUCGAUUAGUCUUUUAUGUAAUAUGUACUUGCACUUUCAAGUUGGCGCCAACAUGUAUUGGCUCUGCAUAUAUCGAUAGACAACUUCAG